AUGAGCAACAUUUCUGAGCUAAAGACCGAUGGUAUUGGAGGCCCUUUACAAGUUAGAAUACUACGUAAAUGGAAGCACGGCGUAAGGCGCUAUGAAACCUGGUAUCUAGCUGUUGACAGAUUUGGGGAUGCCAUACAAAUUCUUGGUCAACGAACUAACCGGAGCUACAUCGAAUUUGUUUUCAACCUUUCGCAGUGCUACACCAUAUCGGAUUAUAGCUGCCCAAUGUUAGACAAGUAUCAAAAAUUCCUACAAAAUGCCUUCUAUAUUGAUGUUGGCCUUAUGUCUAUGAUAGAACAGAUUCUGGACACACUGACAAUACCGAAAAACUGGUUUCAUUUUGUCUCAAAGACGCAACUCAUAGAACUUGGGGACACACCAUCUUAUUACCCAGACUACAUUGGUGUCCUCUUAAAGAUCAGAGACUGCAUCAAAGUGGGUGGUGAGUCAUACGUGUUGCUGAUUCUAACCGAUGAAAGUGGUAGAAAACUCGCGAUCAAUUUAUGGAAAGAGUGCAUAACCAAUCCACAAAAAUUCGACCGCAACUCCUUGCAGCCACCGCCAGCAACAACAGUUGUCGCUGUGACGAACUUAAAACCUUCCAUAUCCAACGGGGCUCUACGUUACGGUUCAUCACAUGCUACAUAUGUCUACGUCAACCCAGACAUACCAGAAACAACAUCACUUAUAAACCUAUAUACAGGUCCCUCAAGUCCAAUGCCACCACUAGCAGGAACACCGUCUACCCUACAUGACAUGAGAAAGAAAACCAGAUUUGAGUUGCUGGAUAAGACAUUUCUGGUGCGUGCAUCAAUCAAAGACAUUGUCUUUCAAAAUAGUUGGUACCAGACAACAUUCUCUGUUAUCAUCACUGAUGCAACGGACAUCAUACAAGUAGCCAUAUCGGAAACAUCGUGUCGCAAACUUCUCAGGUCACGUCUCGACAAAUUCAUAUCCGACAACCCACUGACGAAUGGAAAUGUCCUGCCCGUAAACAUAACCAACGAGAGAGGAAAUACAAAAACAAUGUCUAUCCAAAUGCUUAAGGCUUCAACUCUAGAAAACAUACGGUUCAUAAUAAUUGACCACGACAAACUAGUAACAAUGUUCGACACAUCAAUUCCAACAACACCAACUCCAACCAGAAUGACAAGGGCACGACAAAACGACACAUCACCAGAAUCAUCUGCAGCCAAUCAAAACGUUGUACGUCCUCUAUCCUAUGACCUUACAGGUUCACGAUUAAUGUGGUUGUUGGGCUCGGUGGUGUCACUAUCAUUAGCUCCAGCAUCCUCUACCUUCUGCUUCUUCAUUUUAUACCUUCUUGAUCGUCGGUGUCAGACCUACCGAUUCAUCGAUCUUCGACAUCAGACGAACCCGUCCCCACCUCCAAUUGCUUCACUUUUCUGUACCGACAUCGACUUAGGUGUAGAGAAAGACCGAAAACCGGAGUCAUUUGACGAUGUGAUGUAUCACUCCGCCAUCGCUUACGUGUGUUUCUUGUGCGACAAAUGCAGAAGCGACAGCUAG